AUAGGCGAACAAAGUGCCACAUCAUAUGGUUGGGGGCCCCCAUCCGACCGCAUCUCCCCUAUCAUUCUAUCCAUUGCCAAACAUCGAUGCAUUUCCACAGCCACCCCCGGCCCACAUGGGUAUACCUCCCGUCCAUAUCGACCCCCGGACGGGCAGAAUUACCGGAUGGAUGGAUCACUUCGAGUUACCCGGGAUCCCUCGGCCACCGAUGUAUCCGAUCCCGGGUUACGGACAGUAUUCUCCUCAUCCAGUAUUCCCUGAUUUUGCACAACAACUGCAAUGGCACACGCCAGCCAUGUACCAAAUGGGUCCGUCAGCAUUCCGGGGGCCAUACCCUGGCCUGGGCUCCGUUCCCACGUCAGGCUUUCCAGGGUUCGGUCGGCCGCCACUCAUAGCGCCGCACCCGUCACUGUCAGGCCAUCCGGGGCUCACACACCAGGCCUUAAUGGCUGCGAGCGCGGGCUCUAAGCAUAACCAGGAGUUGGCGGCGGCUGUGGCCGCGGCGACCGCCAGCAUGAAUAACAUGAAUAGCCACAUGAAUUCGCAUCACUCGCACUCGUGUACAGACAAUAAUAUAAAUAGCAGUUCGAGUAGUAAUUCAAGGCAUCAUUCAUUGCCCCCAUAUUCACACUCAUCGUCACAUAAUUACGAUCAAAAACCAUCGCUCAGUCGUAUCAGUAAUGGGAGCUCAACCACAGGGACGGCCAGUACGGGGAGCAGCGGUGGCGGAGGGGUCCGCAGUCCACCCAAUUCGACCAAUAGUGCCAACCAUUCGCUGUCAUCUCCGGGAACGCCCGAAAGCUUCAACGGAAAGACACCCAAACAUAGCAAAGAGAAACCACACGUCAAGAAACCGCUCAACUCUUUCAUGUUAUACAUGAAAGAAAUGAGACCUAAAGUGGUGGCCGAGUGUACACUCAAAGAAAGCGCGGCAAUCAAUCAGAUACUCGGACGAAGGUGGCACGCAUUGACACGUGAAGAACAGGCAAAAUAUUAUGAUAUGGCCAGAAAGGAAAGGCAAUUGCAUAUGCAGUUAUACCCCGGAUGGACGGCCAGAGAUAACUAUGCGGCCAAUGCUAAGAAGAAGAAGAAAAAACGAGACAAGAAUAGUGACGGAGAAGGAGGAGCGUUGAAGAAAUGUAGGGCCAGAUUCGGUUUAGAUCAACAAAAUAAUUGGUGCAAACCGUGCAGGAGAAAAAAGAAAUGCAUUCGUUAUUUAGACGGCGGCGACACCGCCGGCGAGAGUGAAGACAAUAUCGGAAGUGUGGACAGCAUUGAGGCGCCCACUCCUGACUCCAAGAGUGCCAAUGAGAGCGACGGCGAUAACAUGACGAUGUCGUCGGCAGACCUGAGUUUAUCGAGUCCUCCAGUUGUUCCUAAUAGUGAAUAUAUUAUACCUCAUAAUCACCACAAUCUGCCACUCAUUCAUCAAAUACAUAACGAUAUCAACGCGAGAGUUCAAAUGACAAGCGCGCCGUCGCCGCUACCGCCGCAGUCGUGUCCGCCUCGUAAUAGUCCGUUCAGUAUUGAACAGUUGGCGCGACCACAUUGUCCACAAGUCAGAUCCUCCUCCUCUUCAUCGUCGAUAUCAUCUGUGAAUAACAAUAAUAUUAAUAAUAAUAAUAAUGUUAAUAAUAGGUCUAAAACUCCGAUUAUGACCACAUCGAGUGAUUCACUAGUAGUACCACAACUGCCUACCCCUCCCUCGUCCGAGGCCUCCACGCCAGCCAUGCUGUCCGUCGCCUGACCCCCGCUCUACCACUUUGCCCAUCAUAUCAUCCGACAUAAUGUCAAAUAAAUUCAUACAUUCAUUGAAUUACAUUGUUUUCCCUGAAAAACUUCACCUCAAAAUAUGAG